ACAGGAAAUGACGUAGAUCUAAAGUCUCCGCGGUAGACGCCGACGAGAAGGCCAUUUUAAGAUCCCACUUUGUAAAACAAGAAAGUUUGAUAUUUAUCUCUUGAAUCUUUGAAAAGUGCAAAGGAGCUGUGGUCAUGCACGGUGACGUCAUCGACGACAAAGGCCGCCACUUCUGGGCACCACUUGUACAGGCAGGGGUCAAGUUCGUGGUUUUGGAACCGGAUUUGCACACACCUGCCUGGAAGAUGUUCAAACUAGACGUCGGUCAGAGUGACGCUGACAUCGAGAAAUGCACGCGCAACGUCGACGCUCCGGAUAUUCAGAAAGUCUUCAAGUUCCGCCAAGAGCAUCGGAUUAAGAAAAGCGACCGCUCCAAGGUGAAGUCAGGGUUUGACAUCAUCCGUGAGCACCAGGGGUCGCUGUUUGAGCGAGUGAGCUCACACGACCCUGCAGCCAUCUGUGUGGACAAGUGUGCCGUGCAGAAGCACUACAAGAUGGUCCUCCGCACUCACGGCGAGAUGUGCCACAUCAGUAGCCGCAUCGACGACAUGCUGCACUGCACGGCCGAUGACGUCAUCUACUGUGACUUCCCGCUCUCCUGGCUGCCUGGCCUGCCCUACUGCCACAUGAGCUCCGGCUGUACUAUGGUCAAGUCCACCCUGCUCGACUGUCCGCCAAGGAAAGUGGUCGCGGAGACCUGGUCUCUGAUCGAGACGGAGAAAUGCACGAUGGCAGCGCUCCAGCCCCCCAUGAUCCAGAUGCUGAGCUCUCACUGUGAAGACAUGGCCGAGCCUCACUGGACCCUCCGCCUGCUCUCCACCAGUGGCUGGGUCCGACAGUCCGUCAUGGAUGCCAUUGGCCCGUGCACACAGUCCAUCGUCAUAUGCUACUCGCGGAUUGAGACGGGCCUGAUCGCCAGACUUCCGGUCAACACCCAGACGGCGUCCGUGUACUCGGAGGGCUGCAUGGGUGACCUCAGUAACCCCGUGCGGACACGUCUGGACCAGAGCGGACAGAGCAAUGAGACUGUCAAGGCCACUCCGAGCAGCUGUUUGUCCUGGGCCGUAAGGUAGACGCCAUCAUCCGGGGCAACGUGCCCAUCUUUCCGCGGGAGAUCGAGGAGAAGGUCAAUCAGUGCCCCGGCAUCUGGAAGGUCAAGGUCGUCUCGCUCAAGGACGACAAAGGGAUCAUACAGAUGUGCGCAUGCGUCAUACCGAGAAACGAUGACGCUAUCACCAUUGACAGAGUGAAGGAAUUUUGUCG